CCACCCGACGCGGCUGCAGUCCUGCGUCCCAGGCUCCCGGAAGUGCUGCUGCACGCUCCGGAAACGAUUCCUCGGGUCGCUAGCGCCCUCCCCGUCGUUUUCCGUGACAGACGUAGAGCUGAGCGACCGAGGCCGCGAGCGAGAUGCCGGUGGCCGUGGGUCCCUACGGACAGUCCCAGCCAAGCUGCUUCGACCGCGUCAAGAUGGGCUUCGUGAUGGGUUGCGCCGUGGGCAUGGCGGCCGGGGCGCUCUUCGGCACCUUUUCCUGUCUCAGGAUCGGAAUGCGAGGUCGGGAGCUGAUGGGCGGCAUUGGGAAAACCAUGAUGCAGAGUGGCGGCACCUUUGGCACAUUCAUGGCCAUCGGGAUGGGCAUCCGAUGCUAACCAUGGUUGCCGACUACAUCCACCCUUUUCCAUCAAUCCCAGCCCAUGUACUAAUAAAAGAAAGUCUUUGAGUA